CCCAGUGUGACGGGGAAAUUUAAUAUUUUGUGUCACCAUACUCGGUACAGCAGGGCACUCAUGGACGUUGUACCAAAAAGGACGGUCUUUAUAUCUAUAUUACGACAUCCAAUAAAGCUGACAGAAUCCUGGUUUGUCUAUAUGAAAAUUUCUAAGAGACUGCACAUAGACAUGGAGACUUUCUUAGAGGCUCCUCAGAAAUACUACUCCAGGUACGGGUAUGUCAACGGGGUCUCUCAGCCGUUUCCAAAUUCAAUGUUGUUCGACUUAGGACUGCAUCCAAUAGAGUCAUUAAAUCAGUCCAAAGUGUAUGAAAAAAUUUUGGAAGUAGAUGAAGUGUUUUCAUUAGUUAUGAUAGCAGAAUAUUUUGACGAGUCAUUGAUAUUACUUAGAGACCUACUUGGCUGGUCGUUUCAAGAUAUAGCGUACUUCGCACAAAACAUGCGCAAGAAAACUGGCGGCAAAACGGAGAUCAUGAGUUUGAAAACGAUACAAAAUAUCAAGAAAAUCCAUGCUGGAGAUUUGAAACUUUACGAGCAUUUUAAUAAAACAUUUUGGAGAAAAGUUCACACAUUUGGUGAAGAAAGAAUGCAGAAGGAGCUAAAGGAAUUUAACGCUGUCAAGAAGGCGUGGGAAAUACGAUGUAUAAGUGAACGUGUAUCUUACAGCAAUAUGACUGAUAAAGAGUUCAGGCCCUAUGAGACUAUGGUUCUUGGGUACAGACUGAUUCCAGAGAUGGCCAACGACACCAACUGCGUCCUCAUGGCGACGCCAGAACUACCCUUUACUAGGAGAAUCUACAAACGCAUGUUUGCCAUGAAACAAUUAAAAGGAAAUACAUUUAACACCGAGUUGAUAAAAGAGUGGACGCCUUUCGAUGCUGAUUCUAAAGCCAAAUCUAAGGUACGAUGA